AUGAUAGAGGUUGUUGCGGUGACAAAUGCUUGUGGGUUGAUGUGUGCUGGUGUUGUGGUAUGGUAUCACUUUGUUGAUCUUCGUGUUGUUGCUUAUCGUGCUGCAUUCUUGUCGGCUAUUUUCAAUGAUAAUUUGAUUGGCUUUGGAGGUAUUGUGCAUAACAGUGAGGGUGACAUUAUGGCUUCUACUUGUUGUUUGAUGAAAGUUAAUGUAGAUUCUUAUAGUAGUAGUCUAAAAUUUCAGCAGCAACAAGAAUCAACAAGCUUCAUAGAUUAUACUGAAAUGAUGAGCAACAACGAACAACUUGGCAGUCAUUCUAGUACCAUCACAAAUGUGCCAACUACUCCUACAAUAGUAGUUUCUCCUAAAGUAGCACCUUUGCUCACUCCUGGAGGAACAAAAGAAUGGCUUCCAAUAUGCCCCAAUGAGUUGAAACCAGCUAUAGAGAUGAAAGAUUUAAAGGCAUACAUUCAAGGAAGUGAUGCUCAAAUGUUUGUGGAUAACUUUACCAACAAAAAGCUAAUGUGGAGCGCUUUUUUCUUUGAUUUUGAGAUGGAUGAAGAUUAUUGCCUUUAUAGAGCAUUGUGGGCAGAUCCCCUUUGUAAAAAGAGUUAUGCUCUAUUUGGUGAUAUGGUAUCCUUUGAUACCACAUACCAAACCAACAGAUACAACAUGAUGUUUACUCCAUUUACAAGGGUUGACCAUCAUAAGAGUUACAUUACUUUUGCUGCUGGUUUCAUAGCAAAGGAAGAUAUUGUGUCAUUUGAUUGGUUGUUCAGAUCAUUUCUCAAGGCAAUGGGGGGGAAUGAACCUAAUUGUAUGAUCACGGAUCAGGAUCCAGCAAUGAAAAUAGCUGUUAAAAGUGUGUUUAACAAGACUGAACAUCGGUUCUGUAUGUGGCACAUAAUGAAAAAGUUACCAGAUAAGGUGGAGAAAUCAAUCAUGCAAGAAGAAACUGGUUUCCUAAAAAAAAUAUGUGCUUGCGUUUGGCAUCUUGAAAUUGAACCCGCUGAGUUUGAAGAAAGGUGGAACAAGGUGAUGGUUGAUUACCACUUGGAAGAUCAUGAGUGGUUAGGUUAUAUGUACAAGAUAAGGGACAAGUGGAUUCUGGCGUAUUUCAGAGAUGUGUUCCUUAGAGGAAUAAUGCGUACAACAUCAAGAUCUGAAAGCGAAAACAACUUUUUCUGCUCCUUUAUCAAUCCUCAUGUGUCACUUGUUGAGUUUUACUUGAGAUAUGAAGCUGCAAUUGAUGCCCAGAGACACACUCAAGUUUGUAUAGAUUAA